CAUUCCUUGACAAGAUGCAUUGUUGAAAAUGUCUUUUCUUCCAUGUUAUCGUUGCAGUUGAAAAAGUUCCAGCACCCAAUAAACACUUAUCAAUCACGCGAGUCGUUCUUGCAACCUCAAAUCCCGCGUUGUAGGUGAUCACACUGUGCACACAACCUAGUUGGCACCUCAGCGUCGAAACAGUCUGGUCCAUCAACAGUGGAUGUUCAUUCCCCUCGUAGGUUGUCGACAUGAGUGAUGCAGCAGCGCACUAGGGUAAGCCCUCGGACCCUUUUUUCAGUCCGUGACCGUGCAUCGGCUGCUGAUAGCAGGCAUGUCUGCAUACACAAUGGACAAAAAAAAACGACAAGAUCUGUAGUGAGACAAGUCGUUUGGAAAUAAGGAACCAAUUUCACACAUCCAAGAUUCAAUUCUAGAAUGCAUUCGAGUGUAUGUGAUCGGAAAUUGGCCGCAGAAAUUUAAAGCUUUGGGUGACUGUGCCUUCAUUCAAGUAAGCGGCCGUCACACGACAAAAGAAGCGUUGAACUUUGAGUUUUCCAGAUGUGUGCUUUUUGUUCCUUGUUAACGUCUUUUACUUACAGUUUUCUUUCUUCUGUACAUUGUUGACGAUGGUCGCAGUUGGCGUCGUCGUAGGAAUCGUGCUGGGGGUGGUAUGCAUCUUCUUGUUCGCCUUUGUUGUUCAUCAAAUGAGAAAGGGCUCAAAAACGAUACAAAGCGAUACAUUGGCGGAUGAGACUACUAGAGGACACGAUACAGCAGAGAAGGGGCUAGUGGAGCAUGGUACCAAUGCACUGCAAGUGCAAGACAGGUCGCUGGAAAAUGCUCCACGGUCAACAUCAGAGCAGACAUUGUCUGAAAACGAAAGCAAGGGAAAAAGUGAGCUGGUAUCACUGACCCUUCAAAAGUCAGUACAACCAGAACAGAGCAUUCCACGCACGUCCAUCGACCGCUCCCGCUCCCCUAUCAACCGCGUACGUACUCCUACCUCUCCCCUAUCCCAAGUUACGAAUGGCACAACGCUCGCUUCGGACGAUGACCGAAGAAGUAUCACAACAGCAGCCUCUUCAAUAACAACUCGCAAAAAUAGUACUGGAAGUGUGGUGCUGAGGGCGUCCGUCGACCUUCCACGACGGACAGCAAGCCUGGAAGCAAAUGCGGGGAAGGGUGGGGCAGCGGCCAUUGUUGCACCACGAUUGUUGGGCACGCAGCUUGCACUUCAUUGGUUCAGAAGGAAAGUGUCAGAUGAAAUUACUGUCAAGGCUGGGGACCCAAUGUCCAUUUACCAAACCUACCGUGACGGCUGGUGUCUCGGAAUGAACUGGCGCUCUGGACAGUCUGGAGUAUUUCCCCUUGCUGCAAUUUCUCCUGAAGAAGCACAAAAGUUGGCGUCUGAAUACCCAGAACCAGACGCACCACCCACUGACUCCCCUCUGCCGUCUAUCACGUCACCAUCUCCUGUACCGCCGCCCUCAUCACCCGAUCCGGUCACGUCUUCACUUUUGUACAGUUUGAAUUUAUCAGGGGCAGCGCCAAAUGCCUCGCAUUACUCCCUAACAUCGUCUUCAGUUCCGUCUUCGACGCAUUGGGGUGUGAGGGAGCUGAAACCAAGAGGGUUCCGUCGACCGAGCGUAGACAGAGAACGGGCGAGUAAUUCUGGGCGGAUAUCAGCAAGACCUGGCAGACCAGAUGUGGUGGCUGACCCGGAAGUCUCUGACCUCGCCGCUGUUUACUUGGCUGCUAUGGACAAGAUGGAUGAUGAAAGCAAUGUUCUCUCUCCUAUUUACCGAGACUCGUACACCUCCCUCCAAACUCACGCUGAGCGCCUGGCCAUAAGCCUCAACUCGGUUUCUCCCCAUCCGGUUGCAUCGUCCCUGCAGAAACAAGCCGGCAAGCUGGUUGAAGAUAUAUCGGUUGCUUCUAAAGAGAUUGCUUCGGAAAUACCCAAGGAUCCUAAACGGGCCUCCCGAAUGUCUAUUCCCGAAGCGAGAAAAUCGGUUCUUCAAUUGCAUAAUGAAGUGACCAAAUUCUUUGAUGAAGUCUUCACAGAUACGGAUAACGUACCGCCUGUGCCGCCGAUUCCAGACUUUGUGCGUAGAGUGUCGGGAGAUGCACAACAAGACGAUGCCGAAGGAAGUGAGCUGCUGGCUACGGAAGAUGAGGAUGAGCCCAGGAGGAACUCAUUCGUAAAUGAAUCCAAUGAUGGGUCACCUUUAUCUGUCGUGUCCGGUACCGGCCCAUUACACCCGUCCUCUGAAGACAUCUCUCAGAGUCCGACGCACCAGGCACAAUCUGAAAAGGUGGCCAUUCCUGAAGACGAUGACGCGGACGAUGAUAUCCCAUUGCAUGUUAUUGCGGAGCAGGCUAAUGCUGUGCAAAACAAUCAGUCGACUCCUGAAAUAGCAGAUACCGCGGACAGAACCUCUGCAGAGGAUGAGCACCCGAAAAUGGUGGAAGUGGAAGAACACAAAGCUCUGGAAGCGCAAGUGAAUGACGAUAAUGGUCAACAUGAUCAACAGAAUGAAGAUGCCGCAUUGGUAGUCAUCGAUGCCGACACUCAAUCCGAGGAUCUAGAACAGCCGGCGGGAGCAGAGCCAUUAGCUGUUAUAACUGCUACGAUGGCUGACACCGAACCAGAACAGUUAACGCAGCAGAUUGAUGACCAGGAAUCCCAGAUAUUAGACAAUGAGCCCCCCUCCAUAGUCAAAGUGGAAACAGCCUCUCAGGAGCCGCAAAGUAAAAUCGAUGACCACCUGAUUUCGGACACCACACACCAGAAAACCACCCCCGUGUUAGAAGAAUCCAUCCUUCAGGCGCCUACUGCGACUGCCUGAUCCUGGCACGCUGGCGGCUACCAUCCAUGACACCUCGCUUCCAAUAUGACCUCUGCUGUUUUGGACCCCAUGUAGUAAACCAUUUAUUAUAGAUUCUAAAUAGACCCCCAAAAGAAUAGAUUUUUUUUUUAGAAUUGGUAGUUUGUUGAAAGCGUUUGGAAAAUUAAAGUUGCGAUUGCAAGGGCA